AUAUCAAAACACCGAAUAAAGAGGGAUGGCCGCAUGAGGAUAUAUAAAUAAAACAAUGCCUAGUCGAGUAAGACAUUUAUGAAACACAAAGUGAUACCCUUAUUUCAUUUACUCCUACAUUUAAUGUGUGUCCAUGUUAAUAUUGGUUUGCCACAGCUUGUUAAAAGUCAUUAACGGAUGGUAACAAUAACAACAGCUAGCAUGCUAACUGAUAGCUAACAGUUAUUAGGCUUGCAGUGUCUACAGUAUAAUCUCAGUGUGACACCUCGCUGAAUGGACAACGUUAGCAUGUCAGCCUCUGGUGGGACAGCUGAGGACAUGGAGGGGAUCUGUGUGAUGCCGGAUUUGAGCACCAUCAAGACGGAGCAGUCGGUUGGUGCAAGCCCAGUUGACACAGGCCCCCAAAAUGUGGCCAUGGGCAUCAAGUUCAUCCUGCCCAACCGCUUCGACAUGAAUGUCUGCUCAAGAUUUGUGAAGUCGCUCAACGAGGAGGACAGCAAGAACAUCCAGGACCAGGUCAACUCUGAUCUGGAGGUGGCUUCUGUUUUAUUCAAAGCCGAGUGCAACAUCCAGACCUCACCUUCACCGGGUAUACAAGUGCGCCAUGUGUACACCCCCUCCACCACCAAACAUUUCUCCCCCAUCAAACAGUCCACCACACUCACCAACAAACACCGGGGCAAUGAGGUUUCUUCCACACCUCUAUUGGUGCACUCUUUGUCCAUUCAUCAGCUUGCAGCCCAGGGGGAGAUGGUGUUUCUGGCCAGCAGGAUUGAACAAGAGACUGUAAUCAAUCACCAAGAUGAAGAAGGCUUUACCCCCCUGAUGUGGGCCGCUGCACAUGGACAGAUCGCUGUUGUGGAGUUUCUGCUCCAAAAUGGUGCUGACCCCAACCUCCUGGCCAAAGGGAGGGAGAGUGCACUGUCCCUGGCCUGCAGUAAGGGAUACACUGAUAUUGUGAAGAUGCUCAUUGAUUGUGGUGUGGAUGUCAAUGAAUAUGACUGGAAUGGAGGAGCCCCUCUGCUGUACGCUGUUCACGGGAACCAUGUUCGCUGUGUUGAAAUCUUGUUAGAGAGCGGUGCUGAUCCUACCAUUGAGUCAGACUCUGGAUUCAAUGCAAUGGACAUGGCUGUGGCUAUGGGCCACCGGAAUGUUCAACAGGUGAUGGAGGCCCACUUGCUGAAGUUACUGAUGGGAAUCAGAGAGUGAACUGUGACAUUAAGGAAAACAAAUACUGAAGGGAGGACUCUGGACAAUCAUGGAGCAUGCCCGGCUGAGGGUUAACUGGAAUAUUUUGUGCAUUCAGUGGACAUGAAAGUUUGUGCUGUGUGGAUUUUAUUUUUUAAGUAGAGUUAUUCAACCCAGCAUGCGCUGCACUCAAUCUUUAAUAUCCAUUAUCCUGCCAGAUGUGCAGUGUAGGUUUGAUUGAUCUUUAAGCAUGGUGGUUUUUUUUGUCUUUUAAUAAUCAGAUAUGACAUUACAUCUUUUCCUGUCAUAACAAGUGUGUUUUCAAUUAACCUAUUACACGUAAUAAGGAACCGUUUUGAAAAUUAAAGUUACAUGUUGAAUUGCCUCAUGUUCAUACGGUCUUCCUAGUGAGCACAUUUUCUGAGGUUCAUUUUGCGCCUGAGGACCUACAGUGGGCAUAUCAAAAUAACAGAGUGCUUUUAUGAUGCAGCCAAGCUGUUUGUUGAUCCUAAGGAUAUUUUGAGCUGGUUGCUCUGAGUUUAUUUAUUUGAAUAAUUUAGACAUUGUGUUGUGAAAAAGUGUUCAUAUUGCUUUAAGUCUGUUUUGUUUCUGUGUAUUGUGAUACUAAUGUCUGCUGUGUUGUGAAUUCAAAAUAACCUCACCUCGGUAAAAUGUCCCACAAUGUUGUGAUUGUGUUGCUGCUUGCAUUUUAUACCAGACAUAAACGGUGUGUAAAGAAACAA